AUGCCUUUCCUGGGCCUGCCUCGUCUGGCAUGCAUUGCUUAUCCUGUGGUAGAGGAGGAAGACAAAGUAGGGGAUGUUGAUGCAGAGUGUCAAGAGCCCUACGGUCUGAGUCAGUGCAACAGUUUCUUCCUGGACCACAACAAGAGCCAACCCCAGCUGGAUGAAUUUUCCUGGAAGGAUGUUGCCAAUGCCUUGUCCCUGGCCAACAUGGUCCUGGGACUCUUCUCCAUCUUCUGCAGCGUCUGCAAGAAAUCCCACUGUGCCUCCUGGCUUCUUCUGAUCAGCUUCUUAUUAGACAUGGCAGUUGGGGCAACGACCAGACACCUCAACAUCUGCUCCAAAUCGCGAACUGAGCUGAGUGACUUCGCUGCCUUCACCACAUUUGGCCUGGCCUCGGCCCUGCUGCUCCGUGUGGAUGGGCCUCUGAGCGGGUUCCUAGCCAUCAUCUAUGUGUUAGCUACUACUUUCCGCCUGUGCUUCUAUUCAACUGGUGAGUGGAACCCGGGCAUUCCCUUCACAUACAAGGGUCUACCCUGCCCCUAUGCUUCCUGUGUUUUGGCCUCCACCUCUCUUCUGACCAAAGGCAACACAUUCAUUCUCUGCUGCAUGGCCCCACUCAUGAUCCUAUUCAUGAUGGACCAGAGCUACUACCCACAGGAUGAAAUCCUAGAGUCUGAGAACUGGAAAAAAAUGGUUUAUCUGGGGGGUGUCAUCAUGCUGUUUUUGUCUCCAUUCUCUCUAACACCUUUCUACUGCCUGAUGUGGUCACUCUCCUACAUCUUCUUUCCAGAUGCUUUGUGGGGCAAAGCAGCCUGUCUUAAGUCAUAGGACCGAGGAAACUAAACAGCUCCACCAACUCUCUGGCCUCUGUGGGUUUGUGCCAGCACAUUGUCCCAAGCCUUACCAUGUCCUUACUAAAUCUUUCCUCGUCCCCAUGAUGUGCAUGUGCUAGAUACUUUAUGUCUCCAUUGCUCUAAACCAGAGCAAUCCACAGUAGGACCAGUGGCCUUCAUGUCUUCCUCUCUGUUCAGGGUUCUGAAUCUCUUGGGGACAAUAAUGGUUUGUCAUAUGGAAUGUAAUUUUUUCCAAGCUAAAUUUGGGUUGGAUUUUAGUUCCAGCUUUGUUACUAGCUGGGUGACCUUGUGCACCAAGGUUAGUCCCUUGGGAAGGAGGGAAGCCCUUCAGAACUGGUGUAGCCAAUUACCUGCCCAGUGGUAAUUCCUCCAGAGACGGGUGGGCUUACCAAGGCAUUUCUUACACCAGCAAAUUCUGGCUCUAUAGAGCAGAGCUAAUCAGACGACUUCAGCUGCCCAGUUUGAAUGUGUGUGGGAUUCUGUAACUUAAAAUUGUAAGAGGUCGAAACUCUUGCCUUAUGCUUCAUUUAAAGAUUAGACGUAUUGACAGCACAAGGGCAUCGUCUGGUUUCCAGGAUCUCACUAUGUGCUGUUUCUUUUCUAAGCUCUAAAAUUUAGUAGUAAUGUUAGAUAGUCAAAUGCUACUUCAUAUUCUAAAAUCCAAAGCAAAUAGAAAUAAACUGUAUUAUAUGGUACCCCAAAGUUGUACCUCACAGAGAACUUAGGUCCACUGAGAGCAAGGAACCCCCAGCAUUGCCUCUGGACGUUGUACCUCCAGAUGGAAUACUGAAAGGAUUGUUGACUAAUUUCUUCCCUUCCUCAAAGAUGGCACUAGAGCACCUUUUACUGCAGGUAAAUGUGAAGUUUGCAGAACAAUAUAUAUGGUAAAUAUGAAUUAAAUCUAAAAUUAGAAAUUUAAAAAAUCAUAAUCCAAGGAAGCUGUUCUAGUUUGCUAAUACUGCCAGAAUGCAAAACACAAGAAAUGGAUUGGCUUUUAU